CUAGACAUCAGCCCAUAUCUUUCUUCGGAUCUGAAGGCGCACGCAUGUUCUAUACCAUGCAUGGCGUGAAGCGGUAUGCUAGGAGCUUCUAUGGCUUCAGCUUCCUGGGCCAUGGCUGUGCAGUUGCGCGACAGAACAUAAAGACCUUGACGGUCACAUCAUGUCCCUCCAAUUUUCACACAUCAGGGCCUCACUUUCUCCCAUCACUGCUUUUUGUAUUACUGGGCUCACUCCUGAGGUACUCUCGUGCAUCACCUAUCCGUUCUCAAACAAUAAUCAAACAUGAUGGUGCCGAUUUCACUCAGGACAGGCCUCUUUCUACUCCCCUACCUCCACUUGGCAUGGGCAAUGGCUCUGGCCCCUCGUCAGCAGGUCAUUUGUAGCUAUGAGUCUGCUGCCAGCCCCGGAGAUACCUGCGAGUCCCUCUCCGCCGAAUGGGCUAUGAGCGUGGAGACCUUCGAGGCUCUCAACCCAGGCAUUACCUGCCCGGAUCUUGUGGCCGGUCAGGACUACUGUGUGGCCGGCACAGUAUCACCUGGUGGGCCAACCACGACCUCGUCAUCUCUCACUCCUUCUACUUCAACCUUUACUUCCACCACUUCCACCCUUUCCACCCUUUCCACGUCAUCAACGACCUCUUCAUCAUCACCGGCUCCAUAUCAGCCCCAGCAAACGGGCACUGCCGCCAAUUGCGACCGAUUCUACCUAGUCCAACUCGGGGACUCGUGCGAUAAGAUCGAAGCCCAGUUCGACAUCAGCGCGAGCGAGUUCCUUGAUUGGAAUCCCUCCAUCAACUCUGAUUGUACCAACAUCCUCGCCGGCUACUACUACUGUGUAGACGUCCCCGGUGCUAGCAGUCCCGGGACCACGACCACCGUCCCAGCCACCACGACCACUCCCGCUGAUGGGAUCACCACGCCCACGCCCAUCCAGACCGGUAUGACCGACACUUGCAACAAGUUUGACCUCGUUCAACAGGGCGAUAACUGCGCAGCCAUCGCCGCCAAAUACAAUAUCCCCCUGUCUACCUUCUACGCCUGGAACCCGGCGGUCGGCUCCUCCUGCGCUGAUCUCGACUUGGGAUACUACGUCUGUGUCGAUACCAUUGGCUACACGGUGCCGACCACGACAACCUCUGCGGGCACCGGCAUUACCACCCCGACACCCUACGAGCCGGGCAUGGUAGCUGGCUGCACCACUUUCUAUUUCGUCAGUUCGGGUAACACGUGCGCUAGUAUUGCUAGCAGUCAUGGCAUCACAAUCGCCGAGAUUGAGCUGUGGAAUCCUAAUGUAGGGUCUGGCUGUACGGACUUGUGGUUGAAUGAUUACAUUUGCGUGGGGGUGUGAGAAUCGGUACGUAUUGGAGGAAAGCGGAUGCAGUUGAUGCAAAGGAUAUAGUAUGUGGGAGCGGCUUUAAUCGAAGGGUGGCAGGGGCAACAGCUUCAAGUAGUGUAGGAUCUGUAUAUAUGAUGUAUAGUACCUCUUAGGACAGUUUGAGCAAAGUGCGAGGGGCUAAGGGAAUGGUAAGUAUACUACAAGUAGGUUUUAGUAUCGGACACAGUAUUACAUCUCUAGAUAGAAGCUUAAGAUAUAUCUUUUCUUUCAAUACCAUACAGGGCCUGUUAUCAUUAC